GUUUAGUUCACUUACGACACCAUGGCCAGCAGGAGGGGAAUCACUAUCGCCGCUCUGGGCGUCAUCCUGGUCGCCUCCAUUCAGGCCAAUUCCCAAUUUAGCCGAGACGAGAGCCAGGAGGACCAAAAAACCGAGUUCAACGUGGCCUCCACUCUGACGGGCGGCAUCAGCAGCAGUAGGCAUCGCCAGCGUGCCAACCUUAAUUCCCAAUUGUAUCCAGGAUUGGCUCAGUUGGGAGGGGGCUACUCGGGUGCCAGUGGUGGCGCCAUCGAUGCAGCCCAUGGUCACGAGCAAGGUGGCCUGGGGGUGCGACUGGGCAGUACGAACACCGUUGUUUUUCCUGGCAGCUCUUUACCGAAUCCGUCCAUUUCGGGAGGUCAACAGAUUCCGGCAUAUCCGCCUCCAGGCUUUCCAGCCCAGCAAGCUCCGGUUCCUUAUCCAGCUGGAAGUGGUUCCGCGCCAGGAUACCCAACUGCAGGAGGCUCGCAGCCACCGUUUCAGGCCCAGCAGCCAGGAGUACAGCCCCAAGUUCCAGGUUACUACCCCUAUGGAGCCACAUAUUUGCCAAUAUACCCGGGAUAUCCACAGCAAGCUCAGUUUCCAGCAUACGGAGUGACUCCUGGAGCGGCUGCUUAUCCUGGAGUAGCUGGAGCUCCGGGAGUCGCUGGAGUCCCUGGAGUUCCGGGAGUUCCUGGAGUCCCCGGAGUAUCUGGAGUCGCUGGAGUUCCGGGAGUACCUAGUGUCCCUGGCUAUCCUGGAGUCGCUGGCGCUCAUGGCCCAGCAACAAGCACUCAAAACCAUUAUCGCUAUCCCGAUCACAAUCCAGCGGGACCCAACCAUUGGGACCACCACUUCUCGAUGAACACCGAGUACAAGGAGGAUGGAGUUCACAAAGGAGCCUUCGGAACGCUGAAUAACCACAAUGCCUUUGGCUAUGGCAGUGGCUAUGGAGGCGGCUACAAUGGCGCCUUUAACUCGCCGGCCUACUGAGACUGGAUGAGAUUACGGCAAGUGGGCGCUGUGAUGGGUUUUUUGGGGUGUGGAGAAACCCGAGACGUAGUCAUAAGUUGACGGACGCCCCUUUAGCCAAGGGCAGCUGUCCCUGUAUCUAUAGUUGUAUGUCCCUGCGAGUCCUUCUGAAAUAAACUUGAUUCCUGCACACACACCCAA